CCUUCUCGUAACGUGCAGGGAAGAAGCGUGUCUAUCACUGAUAAAGAUGUGGAUAAAAGUGGGGAAAGCGAACAUGUUAUUAGUGCAGAUGAGAAGGACAUUGUUACCAAUGAAAAUGAUGUGGAAGACGUUGUUGAGAAGAAUGAGGUUACUGUAGAUGUUGACACCGUCUCUGCCACUACAGGUGUGAAGGAAUGUGAACCUGAAGAUGCUCAAAAUAGUUUAGAGAAGGCACAGGUUGAGCCUGUCUCUGACGAUGGUGAAGGUGUUCAAAAUGGUUUGGCAGAGCCGGAGCCAGAACCCUGUGAUUGCACUGAGGAGAAUGAGAUAGAUGUUCAAGGUGAACCAGACAGUAAGUUGGAGAGGUCCGAGGAGGAAUCAGGAAGUGAACUAGUUGCUGAAGGAGAAAAUUUAACAGCCUUAAACAGCACAGAUGUGGUUGGAGAUGGUGCUGUUGUGUCUGACAUUGCAGUGGAGAGAGAAGGUGAACUUUCAAUUGAUGUUUGUGAGAUAAAAAGCAAUGCAGUUGAUAGUGAUGUUGAACAUUCUGUUGAGGUGUAUGAGAUGAAAAACAGUGCAGUGAUUAGUGAAACUGAAUCUUCAAAUGAUGCAGUGCAGAGUGAAAAUAAACCUUUUGUUGUGUCUGAGAUGAAAAACAAUGUAGAGGAGAGUGAAGCUGCACCUUUGAACAGUGCAGUGCAGGGGGAAAGUGAACCUUCAGUUGAUGUGGGUGACAUGAAAAACAAUGCAGUGGAGAGUGAAGCUGAACCUUCAAAUGGUGCACUUGAGAGUGAAGUUGAACUUUCAAAUAGUGUAAUGGAAAGUGAAGCUGAAUCUUUGAAUGGUGUAGUGGAGAGUGAAGCAAAACCUUCAAAUGGUGUAGUGGAGAGUGAAGCUGAACCUUCAAAUGGUGCAGAGGAGAGUGAAGUUGAACCUUCGAAUGGUGCAGUGCAGAGAGAUGGUGAACCUUCUGUUGAUGCUUGUGAGAUGAAAAACAAUGUGGUGGAGAGUUUAGAUGUUGCAGUGGGGAGUGAAGCUGAACCUUCACAUGGUGCAGUUGAGAGUGAAUCUAAACCUUCAGAUGUUGCAGUGGAAAAUGAAGCUGAGCCUUCAAAUGGUGCAGUUGAGAGUGAAGCUGUAGCUUCAAAUGGUGCAGUUGAGAGUGAAGCUGUAGCUUCAAAUGGUGCAGUUGAGAGUGAAGCUGAACCUUCAAAUGGUGCAGUUGAGAGUGAAGCUGAACCUUCAAAUGGUGCAGUUGAGAGUGAAGCUGAACCUUCAUAUGGUGCAGUGGAGAGUGAAGCUGUACCUUCAUAUGGUGCAGUGGGGAGUGAAGCUGUACCUUCAAAUGGUGCAGUGGGGAGUGAAGCUGUGCCUUCCAAUGGUGCAGUGGAGAGUGAAGCUGUGCCUUCAAAUGGUGCAGUGGAGAGUGAAGCUAAACCUUCAAAUGGUGCAGUGGGGAGUGAAUCUGAUACUUCAAAUGGUGCAGUGAAGAGUGAAGUUAAACCUUCAGAUGUUGCAGUGGAGAGUGAAGCUGAACCUUCAAAUGGUGCAGUGGAGAGUGAAGGUGAACCAUCAAAUGGUGCAGUGGAGAGUGAAGCUGGACCUUCCAAUGGUUCAGUGGAGAGUGAAGUUGAACCUUCAAAUGGUGCAGUGGAGACUGAAGCUGAACCUUCAGAUGGUGCACUGAAGAGUGAAGCUGAACCUUCGGAUGGUGUAGUGGAGAGUGAAGCUCAACCUUCAAAUGGUGAAGUGGAGAGUAAAAGUGAACCUUUUGUUGAUUUGUGUGAGAUGAAAAACAAUGCAGUGGAGAGUAAAAGUGAACGUUCUGUUGAUGUUCAUGAGAUGAAAAACAAUGCUGUGGAGAGUGGGGCUGAACAUUCAAAGGGUGCAGUGGAGAGUGAAGCUGAACCUUCAGUUGAAGGUGAAGGUAGCAAUCAGGGAGAUGAAGCCUCAAGACUUGCCUCUGAUGCUUUGGAUGGGCAGAUUGUGGGUGCAGAGGUUGUGAAAAAACCAUUCUACUAUUUGAUCAGGGUUCCCAGAUAUGAUGAUGAUGAAAACAUUAAAGAGCAGAUAAAAAAUGCUCUUCACCAAGUUGAUGAGAAGACUAAAAUUCGGGAUGCUAUUCGGGCUGAAAGCCAGGUUUUAAAGGCUAGUUGUAAGGAUUGCGACCAAGAGGUUAAGGCCGCACUAGCUGCUGGCAGAGCUGCUCGGGAAUUGCUCAAAUCCAAACGCCAGGAAAUGGAUUCAGUUCAAUCCACAAUGAAUAGAUUAAACAACGCAAUUUCUGUUGGGGAUAUAGAUGGCAAGAUACGAAACAUGGAACACAUGAUCCAACAUGAAACUUUGCCUCUAAAUGAAGAAAAGCAAUUGAUACGCCAGAUCAAACAAUUGAAGCAGAACCGUGAAGAGUUGUCUUCUAAUCUGAGAAAGCAGGAUCAAUCACAACAAUCUGUAGACCACAACGACAAUAUUGAAGAGCACUUUAAGCAUUUACAGCUUUUGAAGAAGGAAAUGGAUGUGCUUAGAAAUAAUAUUAUGAAGUCAGAUGCAACAACUAAAGCUGCAAAGAAGAAAUACAGUGAUGAAUGUGAUAAAUUGAACCAGUUGCUGGCUCGGUUUAAGGCUGCUGAUGACAUACGUCAAGAGGCAUAUGCUAAGUUACAUGCUUUGAAAAAGCAAUUGCAUGAGAAGAGCAAAAAUUUUUGGGAAUACAAAAACGCCACUAGUAAAGCGCAUGAACUAGCAGUAGGAGGAAAAAACGAGGAAUUGCAAUGCUUCUGUGUUGAUCAGGUUGAGAGAAUAAUGGAGCUAUGGAACAAAAAUGAUGAGUUCAGAAGGGACUAUGUCCGAUGCAACACUAGGAGUACACUGAGGAGACUGCAAACCCUGGAUGGCCGAUCACUUGGACCUGAUGAACAGCCCCCUGUAAUUCCUAAUGCCAUAACUGAAAGAGCUGUCAAAAAUAAUUCCAUGGUUUCGCAGUCAACUGUGGAACAAGAAAAGAAACCAACAUCAACAGAGUCUGUUAGUAUAAAGGAUGAACCUGUUUCGAAGGUUGUUGUACAAAGAACUGAAACAAGUCAGACAACAACCAAAUCUAAAAAGCCUAUUAAACCUGCUCCCUUAGAGAAGUUCGUGGCUCGAUGGGGUGAUGAGUCUGAUGAAGAAGAAAAAGAACAAGAAAAAGAACCUGCGAGAACAAAGGAGGAGGAAGAGAUGAUACUGAAGGCUGAAAAGGCAAGGAAGGAGGAAGAAGAGGCAAAGUUGAAGGAAAAGCGGAGGCAAGAGGAGAUUGAGAAAGCUAAGGAGGCAUUGCAGAGGAAAAAGCGUAUUGCAGAGAAGGCCCAACAAAGGGCACUGUUAAAGGCACAAAAAGAAGCUGAACUGAAAGAAAAGGAAAGAGAGAAGAGAGCAAGGAAGAAGGAAAGAAGAAAGGCCUCUUCUGCUGUCGCUGCAGAGAAUACAGAAGAAGAAUCUGCUCCUAUAUCAGAAACUGUAACAAGAAGUAUUGAAGAAAGUGAUCAGAGUGAGAAACCAGCUGAGGUAACAAAAAAGGCACAGAAAGCAUCUCAAUUCACGAGGCAGACCAAAACAAAAUCUGUACCCCUGGCUCUUCGCAACCGGGGGAAGAGGCGAAUUCAACCAUGGAUGUGGGUUGUAAUUGCAGUUUUGGUUGUUGUUGCCUUGUUUUAUGUGGGCAAUAGCAGCUCUUUGAGAUCUUCGCUCGAAGGCAUUGGUUUCUGAGGACGCUACUAGGUGUUUGUCAGGGAAGUUACCCUUACAUAUUUUAUUACUACAUACAUACAUAUAUAGGUGCAAUUCUUUCGUGCCCAUGCAAUUUUUUCCUCCCUAGUUUUUGGCCUAUAGUCAUUAUUUUCUUCAUAUUGAGAUUUGUUAUUUUGAGAUGUGAUGUGACUGCUGAAUGCUUCUGCCACCGAUUAUGAUAAUAAAUUAUUGUGAUUGUUUUUUUUUUUUUAA